GAACUUAAGCCGAGAUAGACAUGGCCCAUCUGAAUCAGUACUACCAACAAUCAAUAAGACGUGAGAUCCUCAAGACAACAACCUCACAUCAACCAUAAUUCUUUGAAUUGGCAUUUGUAUCUUGUUGCUGGAAGAUGAAUAUCCAAACUAUCAUGAGUUCCUUUACUGCUCAGGACAAAGAUCAAGAAGUUAGACCCUCUUCAAGUGGAAGUUGGGCUUGUAAGGAGGUGGACGAAUUCGAUGCUUUAUCGAUAGAAUACAAGCCUAAGCCAACUGAAAAGUAUCCAGCAAAACUUCAUGCGCGGAAUGUCAGAAAGUACCUUGAUGUCGGUGAAGGUCUCAUCUAUCUUCCUGGUCUACCAAGUUUCAAUUAUGAAGAUUCGGAUAUGCCACCUGCUUUCCGACAACGUCGUUACUUCUAUUACAUCACUGGAGUGAAUCUCUCUGAUUGCAUUGUUACCUACAACAUCCAUCGCGAUCAACUAUGGCUUUGGAUUCCACCACCAAAUUCCGGCAGAUCCGUCAUUUACAAUGGAGCUCGUCCAACGAUCAAAGAGAUAAUGAGCAAGUACGAUUUUGACCAUGUUGAAACAUUGACCCACCUUGAUUCAUAUCUCACUUGGUAUGCACACACCGAACCCGGAAAGAUACACGUUCUACAUGAUUAUCAAGCGCCAAAAAACAUCGAACUUCAGAUUACUCGCAAAAAUGGAUGUCAUUCUAUCAUUAGCGAAUCUCCGUUCGAUAGCUCCAAGUUAGAGGAGGCUAUGAAUACAGCUAGAGCUAUUAAGAGUCCAUACGAGCUUAGAAUGAUCCGGAAGGCAAGUGCAAUCACAGCACAAGGCCAUCUCAAUGUUCUCCGUGGUCUUCGUCACUUGUCCAAUGAGGCAGAGAUUGAAGCCAUUUUCACAGCGACAUGUAUUGCCAAACAGGCGAAAACUCAAGCAUAUGGAGUGAUUGCUGGUUCUGGAGAAAAUGCAAGUACUCUUCAUUAUAUGGCCAACAAUGAACCUCUUAAAGGAAGACAACUCUUGUGUCUCGAUGCGGGUUGUGAGUGGGAUUGCUACGCAUCUGAUGUUACUCGAACAGUUCCAAUCUCCGGAGAGUAUACCGAGGAAGCUGAAGCUAUCUAUGAUAUUGUAGCCAAGAUGCAAGAUGAGUGUAUUGAAUUACUGAAGCCAGGUGCUAAUUAUCGAGAUAUUCAUAUCCAUGCCCACAAGGUUGCGCUCAAAGGUCUCAUGGAUUUGGGGCUCGUGGAAGGUGGAACAUUUGAUGAACUUUUCAUGGCGGGUGUUUCGGUAGCAUUCUUUCCUCAUGGUUUGGGUCAUUACGUUGGUCUGGAAGUUCAUGAUGUCGGACCUGGCGGAAGUCGCAUCACAAAUCGUUUGUAUGGAUUCGACAAGAAACCCGCUGAUUGGACUGAUGCCUACUUUCAAAUCCUUUCAAACACUGGAGUUACUUCAGAUGGCGGGUCUAUCCUCGAAAAGGAUAUGGUUGUUACAGUCGAACCUGGAAUUUAUUUCUCCCGAUAUGCCCUUGAAGAAGUUUAUCUAAAAUCUCCCAAUUAUGCAAAAUACAUCAACAAAGAUCUCCUACAAAAGUACUAUCCAGUCGGAGGCGUACGCAUCGAAGACGAUCUUUUGAUAACAGAAGAUGGAUAUGAGAAUUUGACUACCGUUCUAAAAGGUAAAGAAGCAUUAAAAAUCAUCAACGAAGGAAAAGAACAGGAAGAAGAAGAAGAGAGAGAAGCAAACAGGAAAGCUACGGAGUCUAGAAAGCAAAAGAAAACUUGGUUUUGGUAGAUAUUGAGUGGUGAAUAAUGAUAGAGGUGUAUAUUAGGCGUUGUGUUAUAUGUUUCUCAUUCAUCUCGGAUUUCGAAGGAUGCUGAGAGAUUUUUCUUUCUUUUCUUUCCUUGAGUAUUGUUGUAUGGAAGUUUAGCUUGGGUACGACUCAAUUCAACUUGUGGUCUAUCGAUCAUAUACGACUGUUUGUAUAGAACAAGUUCAUAGAAUGUUGAAUGUCUCUCUCUCUCUCUCUCUCUCUCUCUGUGUGUGUGUGUGUGUGUAUGUUUCGUCUCAGUCUUCUUAGAUAUUUAUUGAAAGUCAUUUCAUUCACACAUUGUAUGUCGGAAAAGGAGGAUUAGCGACAACACACCAGAUAGAAAGGUAAAGUGCCAUAGAUAUCUAGAGUAAUAGCAUGAACCUUACCUCAGUAUAUAGCAUCCAUUACUUAGGAAUAGAACAUGGCUCACUUAUUAGACUUGCAGCCAACCCAGAUAAUCUAUUCCUCUCCCUCUCCCUCUCCCUCUCCCUCUCCCUCUCCAAAAUCCAUCCCUCCA